AUGGCCAGAACUGUAGACAAUAUGAUCAUGUUGGAGGAUGUCUCUGAACGAGGCAUUCUCACCAACUUGAAGAAUAUGUAUAAGAAGGAUAAUAUUUAUACAUUUAUUGGAGAAGUUUUAAUAUCUGUCAAUCCGUUCAAACAUUUGAACAUUUAUAACGAACAAAAACUUCGUCAAUAUAGAUCACACUAUCCUUUCGAAUUACCUCCUCACGUUUAUUCUAUUGCAGAAAGUGCUUACAGAAAUUUGAUUUCGGAAAGAGUUUCUCAAUCCAUUAUCAUUUCAGGAGAAUCAGGUGCAGGUAAAACUGAAGCUGCAAAACAAAUCAUGAAUUAUAUUGCUGCCGUGAGUGGUGGAGAAAAAGAAGGAGAAAAUAGGGUCAAGGCACAAAUCUUGAAAAGUAAUCCAUUGUUAGAAGCUUUUGGUAAUGCCAAGACAGUUAGAAAUAACAAUAGUUCUAGAUUUGGUAAAUAUAUGGAAAUUUUCUUUUCAGAUUUGAAUCAAAUUAUGGGAGGUCAAAUUAUGCAAUUCUUAUUGGAAAAGUCUAGAAUUGUUUCUCAAUCACAAGGUGAACGUAAUUUUCACAUUUUCUAUCAAAUUUUCACAGAUGAUGCUUUGGCUAAAAAGUUAAACUUGACAAAACCUCAAGAUUACAAAUAUUUGAACAAUACUUAUACUGUUGAUACAGUUGAUGAUAAACAAGGUUUCCGUGAGACAAAAGAAGCUCUCGAUUUCAUUGGAGUUAAAGAAGAAACUCAAUUCCAAAUUUGGGAAAUGGUUGCUGGUAUUUUACAUUUGGGAAAUAUUGAAUUCCAAGGUGUUGAAAAGAAUGCAAAGGGUGGAAGAAAGGAUGGAUCUGAAAUUAUUGAUAAGAAUCCAUUGAGAUUGUGUGCUAAAUGCCUCCAUGUUGAUGAACAAAUGUUGGAAACUUCACUCACCACUAAAACUGUCGAAGCUGGUGGUAGAAAUUCUGUCUAUGCUUCACCAUUGAGUGUUGAUGGAGCUAUCAAUGCAAGAGAUGCAUUGGCAAAGGGUCUCUAUAGAAGAUUGUUUGAUUGGAUUGUAAAAUCAGUUAACGAAUCAAUUACCUUACCGUCAUUGAUUAAUAGAAGAUUGUCAACUAUGAAUGGCAAACCAGGAAAGAAGGGAGAAAAGCUUAAUACCAAACCAAAUGAAUUUGUAACUAUUGGUAUUCUAGAUAUUUAUGGUUUUGAAAUUUUUGAAACCAACUCACUCGAACAAUUAACAAUUAACUACAUUAACGAAAGAUUACAGCAAAUGUUUAUUGAACUAACUUUGAAAGAAGAACAAGAAGAGUACAUUAGAGAAGGUAUCAAAUGGGAAAAGAUCCCAUACAGUGAUAACAAACCUUGUGUUGAACUCUUUGAUUCCAAACUUGGUAUUUUCAAUUUAUUGAACGAGACAAGUUUAUUGAGUAAGGGUGAUGAUGAUUUCUUGAGAAAACUCAAGGAAAACAAUGGAAAACAUCCAUUCAUGGUUCCAUUCGAUAAGGUCAUUUCAAAGGAACAAGAAAAGAACUUUAAGGUUAAACAUUAUGCUGGUAUUGUAGAGUAUCACUCUCCAACAUUUGUUGAAAAGAAUUUGGAUACCUUGUAUCAAAAUUUGGUCGCUCUUGCCUUGUCUUCAAGAUCUGAUUUGAUGGUUCAAUUGUUUUCAUCUGAUAAGAUUGCAACUGGUGGUAAUAAUGUUGCUGCUAAACCUCCAAUGAUUUGUACUCAAUUCAAGAAGCAAGUUGACCACUUGAUGACCAAGCUCUACAAUUGUAAACCACAUUACAUUAGAUGUAUCAAGCCAAACGAUAGAAAGAUUGGUAACUUGUUCGAAGAUGAAAUGGUUACUCACCAAAUCAGAUGUUUGGGUCUCUUGGAAAACGUAUUGGUCAAGAGAGCUGGUUUCGUCUAUAGACACAAGUUUGACUUCUUCCUUCAUCACUACAAGGUCACUACAAAGGAAACUUAUCCAUUCCUUGCCGACAGUUUCAGAGGUAAUGAAAUUGAGGCCUGUAAACAUAUUGCCCAAAAUGUAUUGAAAUCUGGAGCUGAUCACUCUAAAAUGUUCCAAAUUGGUAAAACCAAGAUCUUUAUCAAGAAUCCGGAGACUGUAUUCGCAUUGGAAGAAUUGAGAGAUCGAUGCUCCAUUGAUUGUGCCAUUCAAAUUCAAAGAAAAUUCAGAAAAUUCAUUGCCAAGAAGAGAGCUGAAGAAAACAAACGUGAAAUCAAUAACAUCUUUAACAAUCAAAAGAAGAGACGUCGUAUCAGUUACAAUAGAAUUUAUCAAGGUGAUUAUUUGAACUUUGCAUUCAAUUCUGAAAUGGCCAAACUCUUAGCCAAACACAAUGACUCUAUGAUUCACUACUCUGGAAGAAUUCAAAAGAUUAACAAUAGAAACAAGAUUCAAGACAGAACCUUGGUCAUUACUGAAAGUAACAUUUACAAUAUCGAUUGGAAUGAUAAGAAGAAUAAGAUGAAACUCAAGAGAAUAUUGCCACUCUCAGAUCUCAUCAGUCUCAAAGUUUCUCCAUUCACUGAUGGUUACUUUGUUCUAUUCUUUGGUACAAGAUAUUGUUAUUUCUUUAAUUCUGAUGAUACUUCUGAAAUUGUUUCAAUUCUCAUUAGAAUUUUCAAACAAAAACAGAAAAAGAUCCCAGUUGAAGUAGCUCAACAAUUCGAUUACAAACCAACUCUCAAAGAAACUAGAACUCUCAAAUUCAUUGAAGUUAGCGCCAUUCCAAAAAAUGGUCCAAUUGACAAGACUGGUAAAUCAGAAAUUACAGUUUCUAUCAUUCCAGCUGCUGAGGAAAAAUACUACAAAUAA